AUGGCGGAGGCGGCGGCGGUGCCGCAGCACCGGUUCUUCUGCCACAGCUGCAAGGGCGAGGUCAGCCCCAAGCUACCGGAAUACACCUGUCCCCGCUGCGAGUCCGGAUUCAUCGAGGAAGUCACUGAGGAUUCCAGUUUUUUCGACGGCAGCUCCCUGGACGGCAGCCCCUCCUCUCAGUUCGCAGAGCUCUGGGACCACCUGGACCACACGAUGUUCUUCCCGGAUUUCCGGCCCUUCCUGGACUCGGAGGGCCGGGACGCCGACAGGGCCCCCCCGGGCGAGCUCUGGGGGUCCGGCCGCCCCCCCCGGCUGCCCACGGGCCGCAGGUACCGCUCCCGGGGCAGCUCCCGCCCGGAUCGCUCGCCCGCCAUCGAGGGGAUAAUCCAGCAGAUCUUCGCGGGCUUUUUCGCCAACUCGGCGGUGCCCGGCUCGCAGCACCCCUUCUCCUGGAGCGGGAUGCUGCACUCCAACCCCGGCGACUACGCGUGGGGACAGAGCGGCCUGGACGCCAUCGUCACCCAGCUCCUGGGGCAGCUGGAGAACACGGGCCCGCCGCCGGCCGACAAGGAGAGGAUCUCGUCGCUGCCCACGGUGCCGGUGACGCAGGAACAAGUUGACACGGGGCUGGAAUGCCCGGUGUGCAAGGAGGAUUAUUCCGUGGCGGAGCAGGUCCGGCAGCUCCCCUGCAACCACGUCUUCCACAGCAGCUGCAUCGUGCCCUGGCUGGAGCUGCACGACACGUGUCCCGUCUGCAGGAAGAGCCUCAAGGGGGAAGAUUCCACCCGGCAAACGCCCAACCCCGACGCUUCCGACAGCCCCGUGCAGGAGCCAUGGACUUUCUGACCCCUCUCCCGGAAGGUUCUGGAGCAUUCCAGAGGUCUCCCGAGGCCGGAGCAGCCCCCGUUCCGGGUGUACGUUGUCCGAGAAUUCCAAGAAACCCUCCCCCCCCCCACCCCGAGUAGCGGGAAUU